UAUAAAUAUAAGUGUGUAAGUGCGUGCUGAAAGAAUUUUACAAAACUGAAAUUACAAAUUGUUCAAACGAAAAUAAGAACGUUUUUGAUCGACAAAUAAGAUAGCACUUUAGGCAGCAAUAUGCUGCAUUCUAAUGUAAAUUUUAUUGAAGAUAUCAACGACGUAUAAUAGAAAAAAAAAACAACACAAAUAAAAAACUUGAUGCAUUGCAAAUAAUUACCAGCUCGUACGCAUAUAUAUUAACCAUAUAUAUAUAUAUAAAAACAUAAAUAUAAUAAUCAAAAAGCCCGAUAAAAUACAAAAACACAACUGGCAACUUGAUUGAAGCAACCGCAAACGCACGGCGGCGUCGGCAGCUGACGCAGCAGCAGCCGCUGCAGUCGCAGCAGACGUCGUCAGCAGCAGCAGCAGCCAUGAAAGUGGAUACGGUGAAAUUGAAAAAAGGCUCCUCGGAGCUGACAGCCGAAUGUCGCGAAUUAAUCGAUGAGCUGACCAAACGACGCACACGUGCCGAACUCCUUGAGUUUCUGGACACGGUGCACGUGUGGAUCUAUGGCAAAUGUGAGCUAUAUCAUUGGAUCGAAAUACUCGAUCGUUUCGAUAAAAUUCUCGAGGAGGCGGCACGACAUGUUAAUGCCAAUGAGUUUGUCCUGCAAUGCGACACAACAUUUCUGAAUACGGAUGUUACGUUGCUGCUGCAUGUGCUGAAUUUCACCACAUUGCUUAUUGAGCAUUCGUUCUCGCGCCAUUUGUACAAUUCAAUUGAGCAUUUGACGCAGCUACUGUCAUCACAGAACAUGGACAUUGUUCUCGCCGUGCUCAAUUUGCUGUACAUGUUCUCAAAGCGCAGCAAUUUCAUACCGCGCUUGCCAUUCGAAAAAAAGGAAUUGCUGAUUGUCAAACUGUUCAACAUAGCCGAGCGCUGGGGCGAUCCAAACUAUGGCCUGUCGCUUAAGGAUUGCUGCAUUGUCGAACCCAAAUUAGAGUUUCUCUAUCAGCUGUGCAUCGAUUAUGUGGAUGAGCAUGGUCAUGCCGCUCAGCUGGAAAUACCGGACAUGAUGGAUCUAUGUCAUAAAGCGGCCGCGCCCGAGGUUAUCAAAACCAUUGCCGGCCAGAUCUCAAAACCGAGUGAGGCCAUCAAAAUGCGUAUUGCGCAUCGUGUGCGCCUCAUCUGUGGCUUCAACGAUUACAAACUGCGGCUGCAGUUCGUUCAGGCUCGCCUGCAAGCUGUCUCCAUUCUGAUCUAUUCGAACGCACUGCAGGAUAACACCGAUAAGGUGCUCUACGCUGGCUUUGGCGAGGAGCUGUGCGAAUUGAUUGACAAGGAGGAUGUCCAUCUGGUGGAGAUACGCGCUGCAGUGUUACGCACGCUCACAUCGAUGCUCCACUUUGAUCGCAAUCCCAGUGUGCCACGAGCUGGCUCCCGUUUAAUGAAGAUUGUGCACUACACUGGCGCAGAGCGUCAAGGCGGCACAUUGCCAUUGCUGGUGCGCGAUUGCAUUGACAAUUUGACGACACACGGAUUAACCGAACGCUAUCCAUUGAUCUUGGCCACAUCGCUCUUCUCGCUGCUGUAUCAUCUGGCCAGCUAUGAGCUGGGCGGCUCUGCGCUGGUUAAAAGCGGGAUGAUGCAGUCACUGUUGCGUGUCAUCAGCUGGCCUGGUGUUGAUCUGGAGCACAUCACAUUUGUGACACGCGCUGUGCGCGUUAUUGAUUUGAUUACGAACAUUGACAUUGCGCGUUUCCAUCAGAAUAACGGUCUCAAUGUGUUCAUCGAUCGUUUGGAGAAGGAGAUUAAGAGCUGUUGUCGCGCCCUCGCCGAAAUUGGCAUCACACUCAAAGAGUCGACGCUGCGCGAUGAGCAUGGAAUGAACGAUAAGCUGGAUAGUUCAUUGGAGCAGGCCGACGAUGAUGAUGCGGCCACCGAGAAUGCAUCGGUGGCCAGCGGCAGUGCAUCGCCGCGUCGUGACAAUUCCAGCAGCGAUGCCAGCGAGCAUGCGCAACGUGCCUAUCGUGCUUUUAUGGAGAACGAUGCACAACAACAACGAGGCGCAGGUUAUGCUUCGGCAGGUGGAGCUGCGUCAGCCAGUUGGCUGGAUCUUGGUGGAGCACGCAACUUGGAUGCGGCCGCAGCUGGUGAUGGAGCUGCUGGCGGAGCAGCCGCCUCAGGAGCAACUGAUGCGACACCGGAACGUGUCGUUCAAUAUCCGGCAAACAGUUACUAUGCCCGACCGCUGGCCGAGCGCAAAGCAGAGCUAUCCACGCAGCUGCCAAGCAGCCUGCAGCCGAAGAAGCCCUCGUGUGUGACACAGCGUGCGGCGCUGCUCAAAUCAAUGCUGAAUUUCCUCAAGAAGAGCAUACAGGAUCACGCGCAUUUCAGCAAUAUGCGCAACAUCAUGGAGACGAGCUUAACGCAAUCGCUGCGUCACAUUAUCGCCAAUGCGGAGUAUUAUGGUCCAUCGUUGUUUCUGCUCGCCACCGAUGUGGUCACCGUUUACGUCUUCAACGAACCAUCGUUGCUCUCAUCCCUGCAGGACUUGGGCAUCACCAGUGUCAUGCUGAAGGCGUUGCUGCAAAAGGAUGUGCCCGCAACACGUGAAGUUCUCGGCUCGCUGCCGAAUGUAUUCUCAGCGCUGUGCUUGAACGAACGCGGUCUCUUUGAAUUCCUAUCGUAUGAUCCGUUUGACAAGGUGUUGAAGGUGCUGCUAUCGCCCGAUUAUUUGGUCGCAAUGCGUCGUCGUCGCAGCUCGGAUCCGUUGGGAGAUACGGCCACAAAUUUGGGCAACGCCAUGGAUGAUUUGAUCAAGCAUCAUCCGUAUUUGCGUGCCGAUGCCACCGAAGCGAUUGUCCGACUCCUCAACGAACUGGUGCGUCUCGGCUCCGAUCCCAGUUUCAUUUGCUGGCGCGCCAACAAGGAGAGCAGCUCAACGAGUGCCGCACACAGCGCAGCGCCAUCGACGCCUUCGCCCUCUGCCAUGGUGAUGGUGGCUGCCGGGCCGGUGUUGCAGAGUGCUGCCGAUAACAAUGAUAGCAGCGGCGAUGAUGAUGACGAUGACGAUGAAAUGAGUUCGGCAUCCCAACAGCAGCAGCAACAACAGCAACAACAACAGCAGCAGCAGCAACAACAACAACAGCAGCAACGCGUGUCGCCUGGAGCCAAUCGUCAACAGCAAGCGGCGGCAACCACAACAGCAGCGGGAGCAGCAACAGCUACAGCGCAAGCAACACCAGCUCAACAACAGCAACCAGCACAAGCGACCACAACCACAGCAACAGCUGCCACUGCAGCAACAACAACAGCAACAGCUGCAACUUCCACAGCAACAACAACAACUGUGGCUGCCGCUGUGGCAGCGCCAACAACACCGCAACCGGAACGCGAAGCCAUACCAUUGAUUGACUACAUACUGAACGUGAUGAAGUUCAUCGAGGCGAUCUUCAGCAACAGUCCCAAUGGCGAUCAUUGCCGUGAGUUCGUCCAAAAGGAUGGCCUCACACCCAUCUUGCAGCUACUCUCGCUGCCCAAUCUGCCCGUCGAUUCGCCCGUUUCCACCACCUCCCAGGCGGUGGCGAAUGUGUGCAAAGCGAUCUUGAGCCAGGCACAAGAGACCAAAGUCCUGGACGUUGCGUUGCGUCAACUGGCGAACAUUGUGGCCCAGCUGAAGCCACUGAUCAAGCACUUUACCUUUCCCGGCGGAAGUGUGUUACUCGCUGAGCUCGUGUGUUGUCAGCGACUCGAGGAUGGCUUCUCGAAUGCCAACUAUACACCGAUCUUGCACAACAUGAGCUUUGUCCAUGGCUAUGUGGUGAUGUUGGUGCACUUGUGUCGCAAUGCAUCGACCGAGAUGCGAACCGUGCUCCUUAAGCGUUGGGGCGCCCAACGUGAGACGGGCGUUCAACUGUUGCAACAACUCGUUCAACUCUACAUAUCGUUGGUGUGGGAGAGCACCAUACUGCUAAAUCUCUGCUCGGAUGAGCCCACCCAGCAUCCAGAUCUCAUUUGGGAUGAGAUUGCCGCACAAAUGUCCGCCGCAGCUGGGACCGCCGAUCCCCUAACCGAGGCGGAACUCUCACGGAAACUGGAACGUGCUGCCGAAUUUCGGACCAAAUACACACCCGAGGAGCAGUUUCGUUACAUCAAAUCACUGCUGGCGGCCAGUUCGCGUCUAGGACGCGCUCUCGCCGAGCUGCUCGGUACACUCGUCAAGCUGUCGGUGGGAUCGCCGCAAACGCGUCAGCGACGCAUCAACGAUAUGAUUAGCAACAUUAACAAAGUUCCUAGCCCCGAGGCGCGUGAAAUUGCUCGCAUCCUGAGCUCCAUACUGGUGAAUGGCUUCAGCCACGAGAGCAUUCUGCCCAAGCCGGUGCCAAAGCUCAAGCUGACGUUCCUCAUCUGUUCGGUGGGCUUCACCGGUCCGAUGUUGUUCGAUGACAAACGCAGCGCCUUCCAUCUGAUGAUCUCGCAGUUUUGCGCCGAAAACGGUUUAAAGGCCUUCUUCGAGAUGUUCUAUUGGGCGCUCUCGCUCGAUAAUGUGUCGCAAAAGUUUGCCUUCGAUCAGUGGGCGGCACUCGAUGAUCUGAUGCAAUCGCACGAGGACGACAAACGUGAUUGUCCCGAGGGAACGGGAGAAUUCCUGGACGCAUGGCUACAACUCCUCGAAAAGAUGGUGAAUCCACGGGCGAUGCUCGAAUCGCCGUACACGAUGAGUCCGCGGGUGAAUUAUGUGCCCUUUGAGCCGGUGUUCUAUCUGAUCCAUAUCCAUCAGCUGGCGAUGCAGGCGCUGCGACGCAUCUGGUGUCGUCGUCCGAUUCCGAACUAUGGGGCGAGCAUGUUCGAGACGAUCAUCUUGAUACUGAAGCAUUUGAUUAAGUCGCAUCAGAUGCUGCUCGAUCGGUAUCACACCCGGAUGCAGGAGAUUAAAUUCGAGAAUCUGUACAUACGCAACACGGACGAGGGACUCAAUACGGAUCACAUACGCACGCUGACGGACAUGGGCUUCAGUCAUUAUCACAUCAUUGAGGCGUUGCGGAAUAAUGCUUCGCUCGAGGAGGCAACCGAUUAUUUGCUCAACAAUCCCGAGGCGGGCAAUUCAAUUCAAUACAAUUCAACGCAGGCAAUGCAAGUCCAACUGGGUGGCGGACAAGCCACAGGAGGAGGAGGAGGAACUGCAGCAACGACAGCAGCACCAACUACCGGAGGUGGUGGCUCCACAUUGAGUUUGUCACAGGGCAGCUUUGCCUCGAAUGUCGCCGUCGUUGGCGACAUGGACAUCGAUGUGGAAUCAACGACGCCCGGGAGCACCGGAGCAGCAUCGCUGGACAAUGCGGAUGUGACGCAACAAGCACAACAACAGCAGCAACAACAAACGUCUUCGUCGUCGUCCAACAGCAAAUUACCCAACUCAUCAGCGUCAGCCUCGUCAUCGUCGUCAUCAGCGAAUGCGUAUGAUUAUCGCCAGUUGAAGCUGAUGCCACCGUUGAUCUUUGAUCGCUUCUGCGAUGAGGCAGUGUCGCGUGCCUUUGAGUUUAUGGAGGCGAUACCCGAUACGGUGAACAGUGCAGCGGAUCUCAUAGCGGUGCUCUAUCGUCGCUUGAAUCACCUGAAUCGUCAGGUGUUUGUCACCAAUUUCGUGCGCAACAUCAUCCAAUGGGUUGACUUUACGCUGCAGCUCUUCGAGCCGAACGCAACCGGAACAGCAACGCCCAAGGCGGGACGAUUGGAGGAGUGCUUGACGGGCAUGACAGCGACACGUUUGUUUGUGCGCCUCAAGACCUCGACCCUGUUGCUCGAGGAGAACUACAGCGACUUGCAUCGUCCGCUCGUCGAAGCGAUUACCGCCCAGGAUGCGAUGGUCUCGCUGGUCAAGCUGCUCGAUUGCAUGAGCCAAUGGCUGCUCGAGCAAUCCCAGUUGGAGCAACAGCAACGGGCGACGGUGCCGCGUUGGCUCCAGAAUCUGGUGGACCUGAUCGAUGCCAUCGAUAGCAUUAGUCACAUACUGCAGCGCAAGGCGAACAUGCGUGCGGUGAGCAGCGAUUUGUGGCGUUGGUAUGACGCCUCGACGGGCAAAUGGAAUGCGUAUUCGGAUGCCAACAAUGAGCUGAUACGCAACGCUUAUGCGGCCGGCGAACGUUGGCUGCACAUCAACAUCGGGCGGCAACGCUGCACGGUCAGCUUCAAUUGCAUGACCCAAGUGAGCGAGGCGAGCGGCAGCCAUCGACCUGUGUAUCCGGCGUUGAAGAUUUGCGAGGCAAUCAGUCAACUGCAGAAUCCGAUGGCCAUGCACAAGGUGGACAAUGUGUUGAAUCGUGUGGUGCGCACCGCCAGCGAUGGCAGCGGUGGCACAACGCAUGUGGAUGAACUGGUUCCACUGCGACAGCUCAUCAACUUUAAUGAGCCACCAGCGGCAGAGACAACAGCAGGAGGAGCAACAGGAACAACUGGAACAACAACAGGAGCAACCACAGAGGAAGGAGCUGCUGAGGAGAGCAACGAACCGUUGCCACCGCCACCGCCUGCAAUGACAACGCGCAGUAAAUCGCGUCAGAAGAGCGCUGCAGCUGCCAAGGCAGCCAAAGCAGCCGCCGCAGCAGCGGCUGCCAGCAACACUGCAACAUCAACAACAGCAACCACAAAUGCAACAACAGCCACAACAGCGAUCCCAAAACGCACGCAGAAGAUCAUAUUGAACGAGGAGCAUGUGGGUCUCAGUAAAUUCGAUUGCAAUCGCAUCAUUGGCAGCAUUGUCGCGUUGUUGCAACCUCCGCAGCUGUUGCACCACGAGACCAAAUUGUCGCUGUUGCGUCUCUGCGCUCGCCUCACACGCAACUAUGCCAAUGCCCAGAUGUUUAUACGCUGCGGCGGUGUUCGCAUGCUGCUCCAAUUGCAGCAAUCGUGCAGCUUCAUGGGUUUCCCCACCUAUGCCAUUAUCAUCUUGAGGCACGUGUUGGAGGCGCCACCGGUGCUGCAGGAGGCCAUGGAACGUGUGCUGGGCAUGCGUGCCGCUGGCAUUGUGCCCGUCGGUCAUCGUGAUCUCAUCUAUGUGCUCACCCAGGUGUCGACGGCGGUGUCGCGUGAUCCGCAAAUCUUUGUCGCCGCCGCCAAGGAGAUGCUCAAGGGCGAGUACAUGAUCAAUGCGAAUAGCAAUAAUCUCGUCGACGAUGGACGUGUCAUGGUCAAGUCCAAAUUUGGACAACAGCCGACGGCAGCAGCAGCAUCAACAUCAACAACGACACCAACAACUGGCACGGGAACGGGUGCCACGCCAAAGGACUCGAAGGAGAGCGGCAACAAGGAUGAUCUCAAGGAUGAUCCGCUUGUGCAGUCAUCGGUGUCGGUGCUCAAGGAGCUCUUGUUGGCUCUGGUCCAGCCAUGUUGUCACUAUGGCGGCGCCGCAGCGGAACAGCCGCUGAAUGCCGCCGAAUUGUUGCAGCCGGAUCAGCCCCCAGGCGCGGCAGGAGCAACAGGCAGCCAGGAAGAUGAGGAUCCCUCGCCCGCUGCCAAGAAGUUAACCGGUGGCAAUCUGGGCAACGCUCAAGCACAAGCUGCCGGCGCUGGCGGAGGAAGUGGCGGCGACAAAUUCGAACCCUGCUGUUGCACAUGGCACAUCCCGACAAGCGCACACAGUCACGCGAAGCCGACGCUGUCGCGUGCAACGCUGCUCAAACUGCUGGCGGAUGCGACACGCGCCUAUCAAUCGCUGGUGCCCCGAGUGCUCCUCUCGCACGUCUAUGUGCCCAGCGACAGUCCACUGAUCACACCGGCUAGUGGUGGACAACAGACGUUCCUUGCGGUGCUCCUCGAUCGUUUUCUGCCACUCACCCAGCGUCAGCAUGUGCCCGAGGUGAGCACAAUGGCCCGGGUGCUGCUCUGUUCGCUAUCCGAUUGCUAUCAACAGGCGGGCGUCCAGCAACAGGUCGCCGAGGAGUUGCAUGCGGCCGUUGCACGUGCCUUGGCUCAACCGGACUCCGCGGAGAAGCACACACGUUUGCAGGUGCUGAUGAGCCUGUUCCCCAAUCUGAUUGAAUCCCCGAUGCUCUACGACAAAGUGCACAUGCAUCGCAACACGAUGUACCGGGUGCUGUUGCGUCAGGGUGUCAUGACGUAUCUGACCAAGGUGGCACAAUACAAAGAUCUAUCCAAUCACAAUACGCUGAGCACCCUGGGCGCCAUUCUGCGUCCCAUGGAGAUUCUAUUGCGUUUCAAUGUGGCCACAACAACGCUCGGAUCGAAGCGCAUACUCUUUGGCGGCGCCAAUUCUGGCGGCAAUGCGGCCAACAAUGGCAACGGCAGCGCCGGAGGCAAUGGCAAUGGCUUGGCCGGUUCCAAUACGGUGAGCGCGAUCAUCAAUCGUCGUCUGUAUCCACGUCUGGCGGCACGUUCCGCAGUGAAUGCGGCUGUGGAGCGAACGAAUGGCAUUGGCAGCGAGCAUGUGCUGCGCGAUAUCAUAAGGAACGUGCUGUCGGAUCGUCGGCACACGUUUGAGUUCAUCUUCAAUUCGGAUGAGAUGGCUGUCGAUUCGGAGGAUUCGGUGCCGCCCCUUGGCAGCGGCGGAGGCGGCGGCGGCUCAAUCUCCGAAUCAAGAUCAUCGGCUGUGGCAUCUGCGGCAGCAGCCGCUGCGGUUGCCCGUGCUGUGGCAGCCGAGAAUAAUGCACCCGGCAUUAUGGGUGGCGGUAGCAGCAGCAACAGCAACAAUGCGGCUGUCAUCGAUGUGGUCGAUGAGCGCAGCAAUGUCGCCGAUCUCGUCGCAUCGGCUAACGCCGCUGCAGCAGCAGCCGCAGCAGCAGCAGCCGCAGGAACAACAGCUGCCACAGGCAGCGCUCCCGGUGGCUCAGCAGCUGCUGCUAGCGGUGGCGGUGGUGUGCGUCCGGUACUCAAUUUCGAUCAGCUGUGGGACGAUUUCCUGCAAUGUGAAGGCUUAUUCUUGACAUCGCGCAGCAGCAGCAGCACAGGCGCAGGGGGAACUGGAAGCGGAGGGAAUGGCAACGCCGGUGGCAGCAACAAUGGCAAUGCCAGCGGCAGCUCGGGAGCUUCCACGGCCGCCCAACAGAAUGGCAGCAAUGCAGCAGGCGGUGGAAGUGCAACGCCUGGGAAUAUUGGUGAUCCGCGAUUGCGCAACAGCAGCUCCGUCGAUGUGGAUGUCGUUGGUGGCGGCGGAGGCGUCGGCGGUGGUGGUGGCAACAAUGCCUCGGUGGCCGGAAAUGCGGUGGUGGUAAACGAUGCGGCCAGCGGUGGCGGCAGCGGUGGUGGCGGUGGCAGUGAUGGUGCCUCCACAUCCUCCGAUACGGGCGGACCUCCGCCGGCUGUCGUGCGUACGACGCGUGAGAUGAACGCUUCGCUGUUGGGUGAUGUGAGCACCUCGGACUCCGAUUCGGAGGCAUCGACGGAGAACGAUGAACGCAACGCCGAGGAGGAGGACGACGAUGACGAUGAUGAUGAUGACGACGCUGCCGACGAGGAUGUCGAUGAGCACAGCGAAACGGAUGUGGAUGAGGAGCGACCACGGCAAUUCAUCGAAGUUUUCGAUCACAUCUAUGAACCCGAGUCAUCCGAAACAGCAUCGAACGAUGAGGAUGUGGAUGCCGAGGACGAUGACGAUGAUGAGGACGACGACGAUGAUGAGGACGAUGAUGUCGAUGACGUUGAGUCAACGGUUGCCCAGGCGGCCAACGAUGUGGCCCUCAUUGAUCAGGUGUUGGCCCAAGUGAAUGGCGGCAGCUCAUCGGCUCCAUCAUCGGCUGCAGCCAAUUCCAAUAAUCGUCCGCGUCGCAGUGCUGCCAUUGAGACGAAUGGCGGCUUAAUCGGAAGCAUUCGUCUCGAUGGCAGUGAUCAUCAUUCUCGGGGCAUGGACGAAGCGACCCGGGAGGCCAACAAUUAUUUGUACGAACGCUUGGGUGGCGACAGCAGCAGUCAUGUGAUGCCGCAAUCAUCGGCCAGUUUUCGUGUUCGCAUGAACAGCUCGAUUGCCCUGCCCCUCGAUAUUGAUGUCAAUGGCGGUGGCGGUGGAGGCGGCGUCUCUGGUGUUGCCUCAUCAUCUGGUGCUGCCGGUGGCUCAACACGUGGCGGAGGAGGCGGCGGCGGCGGUGGCAAUUCGGCGUCAGCCAAUUCGGUGGCAGCCGCUUUGCGUUCGUCAUCGGACUCGUGGAUGGCACCGGACUUCAAUUUCAUUGGCAGCGGCGCCGGCGGCAAUGCGACCGAUGUCAAUGUCAACGCAUUCCUGCCGCCCGCCAUCAUCCAAAUGGAACGCAAUGCUGGCGGCGGCGGAGGAGGCGGAGGCAACGCUGCUGUCGGUAAUCCGAAUAUGAGCAACCUGCUGGACGAACAGCCGAACGUUGCAGCCGCUGGUGCGGUCAAUGGCGGAGCGGCUGGCAAUGGUGCAGCUGGCGGAGCGGGCAACUCGGCCGCUGGCAAUCAUCCCAACAAUAGCAACACACUCUGCACGAACGGCGUGCGACGACGGCUGCUCUACUUGGAUCAGCAGUAUUGCGUCUGCAUGCCCACACACCAGAAUCCCACGGAGGAGACACAAAUGGAGAUAUUCACACAGGAUGCACUGCACUGGUGGCUGGAGGAGGCCAAAGCACUGGACAUGGAAAGCCAGACGGAUGCCUGCCUCUAUGCGGCACACUUUCUGCUGCCGCAUCUGAUCAAGGAGCUGAAGGCGGCGCAUCAGCAGCGCAAACAGGAGGAGGCCAGUCGUCAGGCGGCCGCCGCAGCAGCUGCGGCUGCAACCGCAGCAACAUCGGCUGCAUCAGCUGCCACCACCACAGCAACAACAUCGAGCAGCAGUGGUGGAGUGAUUGCGCCAGUGCCGGCAAGUGCGCUGGGCAUCAAUGCCGGGAUCACAACAACGGCGGGUGCAGCAGCGGUGACAACAGCGGCAACAACGCCACACAAUACACCAACCGUAGCAGCAACACCCGCCUCAUCGCCCGCAUCACAAGUGACAACACCGACAACAACAAUGGGAAAUACAAUGCCAACGGCAACAAACAAUUUCCGCAGUUCAAUUCCACGACUGAUACCUUCAAUGCAGUUUGUGAAUGCCGCCUCCUUGGCCACAACAACAACCACAGCAACAACAACAGCAGCCGCAGCAGCAGCAGCAACCGAGUCGUCGACACCAUCACCGCCGCCACCAGCAACAUCAGCAACAGGCAGCGAUAGCAGCAUGGUCUCAGCAAAUAGCAUCAUUCAACAGACACUGAUGAGCAGCGGCGGCAGCAACAUUUAUCCAAUACCAGCCACAGCAUCUGCUGGCGAUUUGGUGGAGCAACUGCGUCCACGUCAGCGUCACAAUCCAUCGCGCCUUCUUGGACGCCAGGGCAUCUACAAUAUCUAUGCCGAAAUCGAUUUGACCAACGAACAGGAGACACCGCCAGCAUAUCUUGUCGGUGGCAACGGCAACGGCGGAAACGGAGGCGGAGUCGGAGCUGCUGCUGCACCGCUAUAUGCCAGUGCGUUGCCACCGCCGCCAUCAAGUGCGACAACACGAUUGCCGCCGGUGCCGCAUUUCCCAGCCGCCGAUCGAUCUGCUGCUGGCUUAAUAUCACUAAGUAAUGCGGAUCGUCGCGCGAGAAACGCAUUUGCGAAUAUAUCGCGUAAUGUGCCACUGAGCGGACGCGGUGGCAACGGCGGAGGGGGAGGCAGCAGUCAACGUGAUUUGCCAGCGCGACUGCAGCGAUUGUCGCAAGCGAUGACCGUGCGUAGCAGCAGCGGCAGCAGCAACAAUGCAACUGGCAGCGAUCUGGAUGAAGCUUGGCGUGAGUCGCCAGUCCGUUUGACCAGUGCUGAUAUGAAUUUCCCGCUCUCACCGUCGCUGGAAAUGAAUCUGAAUUUCCUUGAACCACAGCAACAACAACAGCAACAGCAAAUCGAUGCGUUGCCAGAGUCAGUUGCCAUUGAGCAAUCGCCGCCACUGGUGCAAUCGCCCACAAUAGAUACGCAGCCGGUGCCGAGCAGCUUGCCCACGGUCAGCAUCUCUGAGCUGGCCGCUCAACUGAUGGCAACCAGCGACCAACAACAGCAGGCGGAGAAUAAUGGCAACAAUGAGGAGACAACAGCAACAGCAGUGGCAACAACAACCCCAACAGGAGCAGCAACUGUUGCUGAGCAAGCAACGCCAACACCAACUGAAGCAAAUAUUGUGGAGGCUGAAGCAGCAGCUGCUGCAGUGGCCGCUUUAACUGUGCCACAAUCCGAAGCACCGCUGGAACAGCAAACCGAUGAACUGUCCGCAGCUGCAGUCUCCAUUGAUGUCGCCACCAAUACCGUGGAUGCGGAUGCCGAUGCCGGAGCAGCCGCUGCAGCUGCAGCUGGCGAGACAGCCGGUGCUGUUGGUGGUGGUGGUGGUGGGGCCACAGCAGCGGUUGCUGCGACGGCUGCCGUUGUCACCGACAUGAGUCCCGAGGUACGUGCUGCUUUGGGGGAUCUGGAAGUGCCCGAGGGCGUGGAUCCAUCGUUUUUGGCCGCGUUGCCCAGCGAGAUGCGUGAGGAGGUGAUACAGGAGCAUUUGCGGAUGCAGCGCAUACGUCAACGUGCCCAGCAGAAUGCCAUACAAAUUGCACAUGAUUCGCUGGUCGAGGUCAAUCCCGAAUUCCUUGCCGCGUUGCCGCCCAACAUUCAGUCGGAGGUGUUGAUGCAACAGCGCAUUGAGCAGCAGCGUCAGGCGGCGCAGAGCGCCAAUCCCGAUGAUCCCGUCGACACGGCUGCAUUCUUUCAAAAUCUGCCCGAGAAUCUGCGUCAAGCGAUCUUAACGGACAUGGAGGACUCACAGAUUGCCAGCCUGCCACCCGAGCUGGCCGCUGAAGCGCAGUUCCUACGUCGCGACUGGGAGUCGCGCAACGGGACACGGAUUGAUGCGCAUCCACCCACCAAUGCACUGUCACGCUUCCAGUCAACGCUGCAGAACCUGGACGAGGCACGCUGGCACAGCGCCAUUUGGUACGAUGCCAGUGGCAAUGCACAGCCGCAGCAUCAUCAGCAUACGACAAUUGUGCAUCACCAUCACAUUGCGCCAAACACGGGCAAACCACUUGCCCUGCUCAUGAUGGAGGAUGAGAAUAUACUGCUCGAUCCGGACUCGUUGGCCACGCUCUUGCUCUUCUUGUUCGUCGAGGAUCAAAAGGUGAACAGCGUGCGUUUGCAUCGCGUCAUACGGAAUUUGUGUCACCACGAACCGACACGUGAUUGGAUUGUGAAAGCAUUGAUCAGCAUCAUACAGAAGACGAACGAGGAUAAUUCGAAUUUUGGUGCGACGGGCAACAAACCGGAAUGGCUCAAAUUGCGUGUGGAUGCGGCCUUCGGGUACAAGAGCAACAUCUUUCUGAUCAAUCGUCUGUACGAUGGCAGCGCACGGAGCAUUAGCAUUAAUCCGCAGGCAGCACAAAUGAUUGUGCGCAAUUGCCUUGAUCUGUUGUUUGUGCUUGCCAAGCAUUAUCCAUUCAGUUUUCUGCCCUACAAUCGUGAACCGAAAUCGCGCAAUCGCAUGUUGAACGCUGUGUUCAAUAUGCAACAAGCAGCCGAAACGGCAGCGGCGCCGGCAACCGGAGAUUUGCGUUCACGUUAUCAUCGCUAUCAGAUUGCCAAUCGUUUGCGUGGCUUCCUCGACGAUCAUCAGUUCCAUCAGCAGCAGCAGCAGCAGCAUCAACAACAGCGGCAGCAACAGCAGGCAGCAAACUUUAAGGCAACGCCACCAUUGGAUGAGGCGCCUUCGACAUCGAAAGCAGCUGCUGCCAAGGCAGCAGCCAACGCCAACAGUUCGACAUCGUCCAGUUCGAAAUCAACCAUUGCCUAUCAGACGAAUGCGCACAACUUUUGGGACGUCGUCCUCAACAUUGAUCGCCAGACGCCGGUGCGUUUAGCCAACGUGGCGCAAUUCCCGUUGACUUCGCAGCCUGCGUGGAAGUGGCAAACGAACAACAGUGACUUUUUGUCAUUCAGCGAAUCACCAUUUGGCCAACUACUUGAGAUGUUGCCCUACAAAGUCAUUUGUCGGUCACCGCACUUGACCGAUAUGCUGGUCAAAUUGCUUGCAUCGCUCAGCGUUGAUUUGCCCAAAGAGGAGGAGCCACAAGCAACACCGCCGCCACCACCUCCGCCGCCACCGCAGUCGCAACAGCCAGUUGGAGUUGGUGCACAGCUGGAGGAGCAGUUAAUGCCACCGCUGGUGCCCAUACAAACGUAUCCGCUAGCCGAAGAUCCGUUGGCCGUCGAGCAGUCGUCGCAGGCAUCGCAGCCGGAGCAACAGCAGCAGCAGCAGGCGGAUGAAGAGGAGCGCGACGAGGAGGAUGAUGAUGAAGAGACCGAGGAGGAUGACGAUGAGGAGGAGGAGGAAGAUGACGAGGAGGAUGAGGAGGAGUUGCCAACGGCAGCAGCAGCAGCGGCAGCCACAGCACCAACUGCUGGACAAUCAGCGACGACGUCAGCAGCACAACCAGCGACAGGUGCAACGCAACCGGUGUCGACGAAGCCGCGUCGCAAGAUCUAUGCCAAGAACUUCUCGCAGCUGCAGCUGGUGAUCGAGGUGCUGACACAUCAAUGCGGCACCACCGAGGGUCUGGACAAUGUGACCAAAUUGAUUGUCAAUCUGACGCAAUGCUCGCAGGCCUCGAAUGCCAUCUUCAUACAAUACUUGACGGCAGCCAUACUUGGGCUGGCGGAGGAAGUGCGUCAGGCCAUCCAAAUGCUGCUCAACGAGAUACGCGCCUACAAUAAUCAAACGGCAACGACGACAACACCUCAAGUGGUUGCUGGCAGUUCACAGCAGCAAACGGAUGGCAGCGCCAAUAAGCCGAGUGGCAGCGCGGCCUCCGCCUCCGCUUCGACCUCCGCCUCCGCAUCGUUGCUGUCCAAUUUAACCGUCCACGAGGGCAUGAUGCAGGAUCGCUUCACAUCCGAGGCUGUCAUCAUAUCGGCGCCGAAGAAUGCCAAGCCAACAUGUGAGCUGCAGCUGCCGUCGAUGAAGAAACUCAUGUCCAAUUCAUCCGCUCAGCCAUAUUUCCUGCGCACUCUCAAGAUCUUUAUGCAGGUGCGCGACAUGUAUGAGCUGCAAAAUAGUCACAACAACAGCGAUGAGGAGUUGGUUGUGGCUGCCAACGCAGCGGCUGCUGCUGCCGCUGCUGCUGCCAGAGGUGGUGCUGUUGGUCAGGAGGAUAUUGACAUUGCUGGCGAUACACCGCCACCACCACCGCCGCCUCCGCCACCGCAAGCGAACGCUUCGAGCAUGGACACCAGCGAUACGACUUCCGCUAACAAUAGCAACAGCAGCAGUAGCAAUAGCAAUGGCAAUGGCAAACCGGCUGCGAAGCCCACACUAAGUCAGAUUCUGUGUCUGGACGUGCUGUGGCACACGUUGAGCGAGUGCCUGGUGGCUCUGGAGGAGUCCAAGGAUGAGUUCGCUGUGCUCGUGCUGCAGCCCACCGUUGAGGCGUUCUUCCUCAUCCAUGCUUCGCAUCGUGUCACACCCAAGAAGCCGGGACGUGGCUCAACGGGUGGCGGAAUUGGAGGUGGAUUGCGCGUUGUGCCGCCAGCUUUGGCCACCGAGCAUCACAGUCCGCAGCUGGACGACACGAACAGCAGCAAUGGCAGCAGCCAGGCGCAUAAUUCCUCCAGCUUUGAAGAUGAAUCACGUCUUCAGGAUGCGGCGACAAGCACAUCGAGCUCAUCGUCUGUGGUGCUGACAGCGCACGAGCGUCAGCUGAAACAAGAUCGCCAGAAAUUCCUGCAAUUUGCGGAGAAACAUCGCACGGUGCUCAAUCAAAUCCUACGUCAAUCUUCCACGCAUCUAUCGGACGGUCCAUUUGCCGUGCUCGUCGAUCACACACGUAUCCUCGACUUUGAUGUGAAACGCAAGUAUUUCCAAACCGAAUUGGAGCGUCUCGAUGAGGGCAUUCGACGGGAGGAGCAUACGGUGAGCGUGCGUCGCGUCACAGUGUUCGAGGACUCGUUCCGUGUGCUGUAUCGCUUGGGUCCCGAGGAGUGGAAGAAUCGCUUCUACAUUGUGUUUGAGGAUGAGGAGGGCCAGGAUGCAGGCGGUUUGCUGCGCGAAUGGUAUGUGAUAAUCUCCCGCGAAAUCUUCAAUCAGAUGUAUGCCUUGUUCUGCGUAUCGCCGGGCGAUCGCGUCACCUACAUGAUCAAUCCCUCCAGCCAUGCCAAUCCCAAUCAUCUGAGCUACUUUAAGUUUGUCGGUCGUGUCAUAGCCAAGGCCGUGCAUGAUAACAAGCUGCUCGAGUGCUAUUUCACUCGCUCGUUUUACAAGCACAUCUUGGGCAAACAGGUGAAGCACACGGAUAUGGAAUCGCAAGACUAUGAGUUCUAUAAGGGACUCGACUAUCUGAUGAAGAAUGAUAUCUCGACGCUGGGCUAUGAGCUAACCUUUUCAACGGAGGUGCAAGAGUUUGGCGUCACACAAAUCCGUGAUCUCAAGCCAAAUGGACGCGACAUUGCCGUCACCGAGGAGAAUAAAUUUGAAUACGUGCAACUCGUCUGCCAGCUCAAAAUGAGCGGCUCCAUACGUCAGCAAUUGGACGCAUUCCUGGAGGGCUUCUAUGACAUUAUUCCAAAGCAUUUAAUAUCGAUAUUUAACGAGCAGGAAUUAGAGCUUCUCAUAUCCGGCCUCCCAGAUAUUGAUAUUGAAGAUCUAAAGGCCAAUACCGAGUACCAUAAGUACACAUCCAAAUCGGCGCAGAUUCAAUGGUUCUGGCGCGCUUUGCGCAGCUUUGAUCAAGCGGAUCGCGCCAAGUUCUUGCAAUUUGUCACGGGCACUUCGAAGGUGCCACUGCAGGGCUUUGGCUCGCUGGAGGGCAUGAAUGGCAUUCAAAAGUUCCAGAUCCAUCGCGACGAUCGCUCCACAGAUCGUUUGCCCUGCGCACACACCUGCUUCAAUCAAUUGGAUCUGCCCAUGUACAAAUCGUAUGACAAAUUGCGUAGCUGUUUGCUCAAAGCCAUACACGAGUGCUCCGAAGGAUUUGGUUUUGCCUAAGCGGCGACAACAGCAACCAGUCAUUAACAUCAACAACAGCGAACCAACAAUAUUAACAAUAUAACAACAACAGCUGCCAUCGAAGCAACGACAACAACAGCCGCCACAUCAACAACAACAACAACAACGGCAAGCAACAAUAAAUAAAAACAAAUAGCAACACUUACACACAAUUGUACACAAAAGCAACACACACAUGCAACAUGCAACAUGCAACACUCACAGCAACAGCAACAACAGCUACAGCAACAUGCAACAAUUCCUAAAAGAAAAAAGCGACGACGAAAAUGAUUAGAGAACAGCCACUGCAAAUGUGCUAUAAAGAAAGCAACAGCAACAACAGCAACAACAGCGACAACAGCAACUGCAACAGCAACAACAUAUAUACAGUACAUAUUAGUUAUAUAGUAUAUAUAAAACCAUGUUGAAUUAAUUAUUAAUUUUCGCGCGUAUAUUAUAUACAAUAUAUAUACAUACACACUCUCACACACACCUCCACCCACACACACACAUAUAUAUAUAUAUUUCUCGAUAUAUAUGUAUAUACAAAAACACGCAUAUAUAUAUUUUCUUAAAUUUGCAAAAAAAAAAGAACGUGAACCACAACAAAAAAAAAAAUGAAGUGAGAAUGCAACAUAAAAGCGUAAUAGAAAAACAAAAGCAACAUUCAUAAUGAAAGCGAUGAAGAAAAAGUUGAAGAAGUAUAUCAAGUCAAGGCGAAAGAAGAACGUAUUUGAAAGCUGUUUCUGAUUUUCUACAUUAAGUUUUUUGUUUUGCAAGACCCUAUUUUUGAGAAAAUUAUAUAAUAUAUAAUACGAUAAUAUGAUAAUAAUAACACUAAAUGAAACAUAAUUAAUAUAUAUAUAUUUUAUUUUCCUAAGUGAAGUAAAUGAAAAACAAAAACAACAACAAACAAUGGAAAUAACUUUGAUAUGUGUGAAACAAAGCAAAAUGCAUAAAGUGCACAUUACGCUUUGAUUCUUGUUUAUAUAUAUAAAAAACGAAAAAAAAUAAAAUAAAAUAAAACUAAAAAAAAAAAA